GCCAGGGAGGGAGAUCCAGACAGGCCUGGCUGAGUCCGCACAGCCCUGCAGGAGGCUGAACGUGCAUUCCGACACAUGGAGGACCUGCAGGACACCUUUGACUUCAGCUACAAGAUGUAUUACCAGCCGGGCCAGGACCACUCCAAUGACCCGCAAUACGCACAGCAGAUCCAAGCACUUCAAGCCAAGCUUCAGUCUUUGGACCGACAGCGGCGGGAGGUGGUGGCACAGAUUCAGCAGCUGCUGGGGCGCAGCGAGACCCUGCGGGAUUUCCUGCAGCAGGAGCUGAUUGCAUGGCGUGAGAGGCAGCAACGCAGCUGCCUGGGAGCCCCCACUGACACCUGCCUGCUGAAGCUGCAGGGCUGGUUCACAGCGCUGGGUGAGGGGCUCUUCCAGCUGUUGCAGCUGCUGAGGGCGGUGGGAGAGCUGCGGCAAAAGGUGACCUACGAGCAGGACCCGCUGCAGUCCGAGCUGCCACUGCUGGAGAAGAGGCUGCAGGAGCAGCUGACCUGCCUGCUGCAGAGUGCCUUCGUGGUGGAGCAGCAGCCCUGCAUGCCCAACACCCCCAAGCGCCCGCUGGUGCUGCGUACAGCCAACAAGUUCUGCACUCGUGCCCGUCUGCUGGUCCGGCUGCACGACCGCAACCACCGCAUGGAGGCCAACAUCCACAUCGACAGGGACCCACCGAAGACACGAGGGUUCCGCAGAUUCAACAUUCUGACCUCGAGCAGCAAAACAGUCCUGGUUGGGGACAGCCCCCGGGAGGGGUUGGUCUGUGACUUCCAGUACCUUACACUGAAGGAACAGAAGGGCGGAGGGUCCGGCAAAGGCAGCAGAGGCACCAAUGAGGGUCCCCUGGCUGUGACCGAGGAGCUUCAUCUCAUCACCUUCACGCUGGCAUACGCGUAUUGUGGGCUGGAGCUGAAGCUGGAGACCUCAACGCUGCCCUUCGUCAUCAUCUCGAACAACAACCAGCUCUCCAACGCCUGGGCCUCCGUGCUCUGGUUCAACAUGCUGAGCCCCAACCCCAAGGACCAGCAGUUCUUCUCCACCCCCCCCCCAGCCCCAUGGCCCCGGCUGGCAGAGGUGCUGAGUUGGCAAUUCCAGAGCACGGCCGAGCGGGGUCUGAGCCGGGAGCACCUACACAUGUUGGCAGAGAAGCUCUUUGGCUCAAAGCCACCUCCAGACAGUGCUUUACCCUGGACCAAGUUCUCCAAGGAUGGUGCUGCGGGUUUCUCCUUCUGGGCAUGGCUGGAUGGGAUCCUGGCACUGCUGCACGACCACCUGAAGCAGCUCUGGAAGGAUGGGCUCAUCCUGGGCUUCGUGAGCCGCAAACAGGAAAAGAAACUUCUGAAGGUGAAGAGAUCGGGGACGUUCCUGAUUCGGUUCAGUGAGAGCAUGUUGGGGGGGGUCACCUGCACCUGGGUGGAGCACCCUGAAAACGGACCCCCAGCCUUCCGUGCCGUCGUCCCCUACACCGCAGUUGAGCUGGCAUCGCUGGCGCUGCCCGACAUCAUCCGUGAUUACCAACUGCUGGCAGAGGAGAACAUCCCCGAGAACCCUCUGCUCUUCCUCUACCCCGACACCCCCCGUGACGAAGCCUUUGGGCCCUACUACAGCCAACGGCAUGAAGGAAUCCUGAGCAAGAAGAAGGAAUACCUGAACCAGCGCCUCAUCCGCGUGUCCUCCAGGCAGCCCCAUGAGACGUGGCAGACAGAAGAGGAGCUGGUGGUGGCUACGGAGGAUUUGGAGACGCUGCGGUUGAGGAGUGGUGGGCAACAACCUGUGAGCCCAGGGACAGUGCCCGGGGGGGGCAGGACCCCAGGGACACCUCAUGCUGUGAGCCCGAUGGUGGCUACAGGACCAGGACCCCAAAUCCCUGUGCUGCCAACCCCGCAGCCAUUGGGGUCGGGAGGUUUGGGGGUGCUGCAGACAGGAAUGGGGGACCUGGGGCAACCUGUUGUGCUGCAGCUGGUGCAGGUGGGGCCUGGGGGGCAGGGGGUGCUGCCCACAGGGGGUUGUAACACCAUAGGGCCGCUGUUGGGGGGCAGUGAUGCAGAGCUGCUGUUGGGGAAUGGAGCCGUAGCGCUGCUGCCGUCGGGGCUGGGGGAGCUGCAGGGGCUGCCGCUGCAGGAGCCGGAGCUGGGAGCUGGGCAGCUGGAGGAGCCGGAGCUGCUGCCCACCCUGGACGGUGCGUGGAUCCGACGGACAGCGCCGUGCUCCUGGACCCCAGCGACCCCUUCCUGCCGCAGCCCGAUGACUUGGUGUUCCCUGCCACCCCUUCGCUCUUCACUGCAGACGGCGAGUUCCCAGCGCUCCACGUCGAUGCCAGCGACUUCCAGUGACCCCCCCAGACCCCCUGGUGUAAAUAAAGCCCUUCCUCCCCAUCAACCCGUAGUGCUGUGUGAUAGAGAGCGGCUCCUCGUAUCCCAGCCCUUUAUUAGAAACCCAUAAAUACCCCGUAUAAAU